AUGGCUUGCCCAGGCGCUGCCUGCAAACAAUUUCCGGCUGGCAUCACCACCGCUGCAACCUGGGAUCGAGACUUCAUCUACGCGCGCUCAUAUGCAAUGGGAAAGGAAUAUUGCGACUUGGAAAUCCAUGUUGCUAUGGGCAUGGUGACGGUGGGUGGCACCAACCCGUAUGACACGGGUAUUGCCACUUGGCAUGGUGUGAAAGGCAUGAUGGACUCUGGAGUUCAAAUUUGCUCUAAGCAUGUUAUUGCAUAUGAGUAUGAGACAUUUAGAAACCCUACCAACUUCACCGAGCCUUGCGGCAUCUACAAUGCGUCUGAACAGGUCCCUAUCUCCAGCAACGUCGACGAAAAUACGACUCAUGAUAUCCACCUUUGGUCCUUCGCAGAGGCCGUGAGUGCAGUAACCACCCACAAAAUGUGUGCGUACAAUGCCAUCAACGACACUCACUCCUGUGCCAACUCUGAGUCCAACAAUGGCUUGCUCAAGGCUGAGUUCGGAUUCUAGGGAGCAGUUAUCAGUAACCGGGGAGGUGAGCGACUCAUGUAUCUAUCU